AUGGCGCUGCGGAGAGGCGGCGGCGGCGGCGGCGGGGCGCUGGGGCUGCCGCUGCUGCUGCUGCUGCUGAGCGCCGCGUGCCUGAUCCCGCGGAGCGCGCAGGUGAGGCGGCUGGCGCGCUGCCCCGCCACUUGCAGCUGUACCAAGGAGUCCAUUAUCUGCGUGGGCUCCUCCUGGGUGCCCAGGAUCGUGCCGGGCGACAUCAGCUCCCUGAGCCUGGUCAAUGGAACUUUCUUGGAAAUCAAGGACCGAAUGUUCUCCCAUCUGCCUUCCCUGCAGCUGCUAUUGCUGAAUUCUAACUCCUUCACAGUCAUCCGGGACGACGCAUUUGCUGGGCUCUUCCAUCUGGAAUACCUGUUCAUCGAAGGAAACAAAAUAGAGACCAUUUCGAGAAAUGCCUUCCGUGGCCUCCGCGACCUGACUCACCUUUCUUUGGCCAAUAACCACAUCAGAGCCCUUCCGAGGGAUGUCUUCAGUGAGUUGGAUUCUCUGAUUGAACUAGAUUUACGGGGUAAUAAAUUCGAAUGUGACUGCAAAGCCAAGUGGUUGUACCUGUGGCUGAAGAUGACCAAUUCCACCGUCUCCGACGUGCUGUGCCUCGGCCCACCCGAGUACCAGGAGAAGAAGCUCAAUGACGUGGCCAGCUUUGACUACGAGUGCACAACCACAGAUUUCGUUGUUCACCAGACCCUGCCCUACCAGUCGGUGUCGGUGGAUACGUUCAACUCCAAGAACGACGUGUUCGUGGCCAUCGCCCAGCCGGGCAUGGAGAACUGCAUGGUGCUGGAGUGGGAUCACAUCGAGAUGAAUUUCCGCAGCUACGACAACAUCACAGGCCAGUCGAUCGUGGGCUGUAAGGCCAUCCUCAUCGACGACCAGGUCUUCGUGGUGGUGGCCCAGCUCUUCGGCGGCUCUCACAUCUACAGAUACGACGAGAGCUGGACCAAGUUCGUGAAAUUCCAGGACAUUGAAGUCUCGCGCAUCUCCAAGCCCAACGACAUCGAGCUGUUCCAGAUCGAAGACGAGACGUUCUUCAUCAUCGCCGACAGCUCCAAGGCGGGGCUCUCCACCGUCUACAAAUGGAACAGCAAGGGCUUCUACUCUUACCAGUCUCUGCACGAGUGGUUCCGCGACACGGACGCCGAGUUUGUGGACAUCGACGGGAAGUCGCACCUCAUCCUGUCCAGCCGUUCCCAGGUCCCCAUCAUCCUGCAGUGGAACAAGAGCUCCAAGAAGUUCGUCCCGCACAGCGACAUCCCGCACAUGGAGGACGUGCUGGCCGUGAAGAGCUUCCGCAUGCAGAACGCCCUCUACCUGUCCCUCACGCGCUUCAUCGGGGACUCCAGGGUCAUGAAGUGGAACAGUAAGCAGUUCGUGGAGAUCCAGGCGCUCCCGUCCCGAGGGGCCAUGACGCUGCAGCCUUUUUCUUUUAAAGAGAAUCACUACCUGGCCCUGGGCAGUGACUACACCUUCUCCCAGAUAUACCAGUGGGAUAAGGAGAAGCAGCUCUUCAAAAAGUUCAAGGAGAUCUACGUGCAGGCGCCCCGCUCCUUCACGGCCGUGUCCACCGACAGGAGAGAUUUCUUUUUUGCGUCCAGUUUCAAAGGGAAGACAAAGAUUUUUGAACACAUCAUCGUCGACUUGAGCUUGUGAGGGUGUGGCUGGGGGAUCCGAAGGACACGUAGAGUUAGCUCUCCCGGAAGAGAAGCCCGAGGAGUUCGAGAUAAAAUACAAAACAAAAGCCAGGCACAGAGCGCUGAAGCUCAAACUGCACUGGGGCAGUAGUUAGAAGUUUUCAAACGUUUAGGACUCACGUUUUAAUCAGGGAUCACUCCUGUUGGCUAACUGCAUGACGUGGCCAUUCUACCAUUUACAAAGACCUCGUAACGCCUGUGAUUUCUGAGAAAAAGAAUCCAGCAUUUACUCUUACCAUUUAGAAAAGUAAUGUGUUGCUUUUCUCUCCCCCUCCUCUCUCUCUCCCCCUCCUCUCUUUCUCUCUCUCCCCCUCCUCUCUCUCUCCCCCCUCCUCUCUCUCUCUC